CAAGUCACCUUUAUUUAUAGAGCGCUUUUUACAAUACAUAUCAAAGCAGCUUUGCGGUGAUAACAUGAAAAAAAUACACCAAAGUUUGUUUCUAGAAGAAAAUUGCAUCAAUGUCCACCUUAAGUUCUGAAGGCGAAAGGGGGGCAAACACAGUAUUAGUAAUUUAUUUUUAUUUUAGUUUUAGUAAUGUUAGUAUUUCAUAUUUAUCAGUUCAUAUUUAUUCAGUUCAGUUUAUCAGUCAGUUCAUUAAGUUUACCUUUUAUCAUCUAAUACUUAUUUUUCAGCUCUAUUUCAAUGAAUGAAAACAAUUUUUAAUAGUUUUAUUUUUACUGAAAAAUAACAACUGUCAUGACACAAUUUUCAUUUUUGGCUGAACUAUCCCUUUAAUAUUUAUUUGGGCUUUUGUCUAUAGGUUUUAAUCUACAGUAUACAUUUCUAUCUUCCUGCAGGUGGCCACUUUAAUACACUUGUAAAUAUGACAGAAGAACUGGCAAAAUAAAUCUUUAUACUGGGCCAAUAUCAGUGCAUCUUAAGGACAGGCAAUAUGGCAAACAAUCCAAAGAUUCAUGUGUUUUGGGGUGCCCCAUGUCCCCAAGCCCCUGCUUUAGAGGUACAGGAGAAAGGAGUCCAGCACUGGAAGACAGUGGACCUCACUUGGAGUCAAGGCAGGUUGAUUCCCAAGGACACCAGAGAGGUCCAAACAGACGAUGAAUGUGACGAGACGACGAGUGCAGUGAUUAGUGGUAGACUGGAGUCUGCUGGUACCACUGAGAGAAUCGCUGAGAGUACAGAGGACAAAACCGAAACAUCCGAGGAUGACAGUACUCCAUCGGGCUGUGGGUGCUUUCAACCAAAUGCAGAGUCCGUUGAAGAAGAGGAGUUGUGUCCUGUGUUGUUGACAGAAUACCUAGAUAGUUGUUUCUCCUGCCCGCAGACUAGUUUAAUUAGACAGAGCAAAGACGUGAAGCCUACAUCGCCUGUUUCCACAGAGACUGAGUAUCUGAGUACAUGGACAAAGUCUCAAGCCUUGCUUCUUCGAAGUAGAGUGGCUCGAUGUCCAACUUCUGGCUUUCUUGAAGGUUUCCUUCUUGGUUCUCCACAUACUCCACCUAAACAAGUGGCCUCAGCCUCCAUAAGUUCUCCAGAAUUGUACAGUCCUAUGGUCAGCCCUGAAGAGAGGGGCUUGGGAGGAACCUUGCAAAGCUCAGGAGAGUGGCAUAAUGACAGUCUAAGCCAAAGACAGCAGGAGAGGGGGGUGAUUCUGGAAAUCACAUCUGAUGGCAUCCUCUGCUCUCAAGGCAAUGCUGUCGCUGAAAAACCUGCAGAUCAUGAAGAAGUCGGGCUGAAUGUUGACUCAGCGACUACAGCUGCACAUACUUCACCCAGUCCCACUACUUCUAAAAAGAUGAAGUUGUCUCAGACUAGAAGUAAAACUAAAGAAACAACAGAGCAGAGGGUAAGAUCUGCCAGCCCUCUCUGUGGUCCUACAACCCUGCUGGCCAGGUGUAAGACCCAUGGUGUACGAUACGCCAUCUUAGUUGCUGUGGUGCACCCAUGCCACUUAAAAGAGGUCAAAGUGAAAACUGGAGUUUCGGCUGGUUCCAGUGUACCUCUAGCAACGCUGAUCGUCACCGACCAAUCGGAUGUGGAGAUGAAGGUGGUUCUAUGGCGGACAUCUGCUUUCUGGGCUCUGACUGUAUAUCCAGGAGAUAUUCUGCUAAUUACAGAUGUGAAAGUGCACAUAGACAAGUGGAAGACUGAGACUGUCCUGCAGUCCUCCUUCACCAGUAAGCUGCUGAAUCUGGGACAGGUCACGGGGGAACGUAUUCCACCUGACCCACAGAAUUUGAACUAUAAUACAUUGAGAAUGCUGUGUACUCAUCUGUGUGAGAAGCGUCCCCUGCUGCUGUCUCUGCCUCCUCACAAACCUCAGGAUUUGGACUCCAUCCCCUUCAUCCGUCUUGGAGCGUUACGUCCUGACACAUUGGUUCAUGCUUUGCUUAGGGUUAAACACAGGAAGUUAAUUACAGCCUGGCGUGAUGAGGUGGAGGGGAUAUCCAGAACAGGAGGUGUAUUGAAAGCCAUUUUGACUGUGGAGCAAGGAGAUGGCCACCAAGGGGCUGUCGUACUUUGGGGAGCUGCACUCUCUUGGCUGCAGCGUUUGGACAGAAACAAAUAUGCAGUGUGGGAGUUCAGGAUGCUGCUAGUCAGACAGGAUGUGACCUCAGGUUUGCUCGAGCUGCAUUCUACUCCAUGGGGCACCUGUCAGCCUCUCUUUCCUGAUGACAGUCGAUGUAAGGAGUUUUACAACACGGUCCACUCACAGAGGACCGCUAGCAGCUUUGAGAUAGAUCUCAACACACUACUGUCCCAGAAAUACUCCGGUGAUGUAGAGCUGAAAAUUAAAAUCACAGCGUUCCAGUUCCAGAGCAGUCCAUCUCAGGAUGCCUCGCUGUUAAUAGAUGCCAAUACGCCCAUGGAGAGGAUCUUGGACGUAGUCUCUGGUGACAUCACUUUUGCUGGAUGUGGGCAGUGUUCUGCAGAACUGGAAACUGAUGAGAACGGCAUAUAUAGACCCUGCUACCCUUGUCUACCACACACAGGAGUGCGUCACUACUAUAGGCCAGUAGUUUUAACUGUGAGAGACGGAGAUGAUCAAAUCUGUGUGCAAGUCCCUCCUGCUAUAGUGCAGAAGAUCCUUCUGAACACUCCUCCUGAUAGGCUACAUAAGACCAUAGCCCCAGCAUCAGAGGUGAGGUUCAUCCAGUUAAAUUGACGUCGAAUAAAAACUACACGAGAAUUAGCUAACAUCACAGUUAAACAAGUCUGUCGGGAGUUCAGAGUCUCUUCGGAAUCGGAUGACCCUGCUAACAGAAUGGCUGGAGCACUGAGGAUGGAUGAUACACAGUAUCAAAUGAAGUUUGACAAUGAGUCUUUACAGUUCAUGGUGGACCUUCCAUAUCUGCAUGAACCGUUUGAGGUGAAGCCUGAACCAUUUGUGACAGAAACAGUUCAUGGGCCUUAUCUACAGAUAAUUGAGGAGCCAAAGCAGAGGGGAUUCAGAUUUCGUUAUGAAUGUGAGGGCCCAUCCCACGGUGGUCUGCCAGGGGCCUCCAGUGAGAGGAACAGAAGGACAUAUCCCACAGUAAAGGUGUCAAACUACGUGGGUCAUGCUCGCGUGGAGGUUCAGCUAGUGACGCACACAGACCCCCCUCGCGUUCAUGCACACAGUCUUGUGGGUCGCCAAUGUAAUGACAACGGGAUAUGCUCCAUUGAUGUCGGGCCUAAUGAUCUCACAGCACAAUUCAGUAAUUUAGGCAUCCUCCAUGUUACUAAGAGAGGAGUGAUUGAAGUUUUAACGAAAAGGCUGAGAGAAGAGAAGAGAAGGACGAAAGAGCCUGGAUAUAAAUUUAGUGAUGCAGAGGAACAGGCUAUUGUGCAAGAAGCCAAAGAAUUGGGCAAAAACAUGGACCUAAACAUUGUAAGAUUAAAGUUCACUGCUUACCUUCAGGACAGCAAUGGGAGUUUCACAAGAGCCUUGACGUCUGCUGUUUCAAAUCCCAUCUAUGAUAGCAAAUCACCAAAUGCUUCAAAUCUGAAGAUCUCCAGAAUGGAUAAAACCUCUGGAUCAGUGCUGGGAGGAGAAGAGGUCUUUCUGCUCUGUGAUAAAGUUCAAAAAGAUGAUAUUGACAUUCGUUUUUAUGAGGAGGAAGAUGAUGCCGGAUGGGAGGCAUUUGGAGACUUCUCCCCCACUGACGUCCACAAGCAGUAUGCCAUCGUGUUUAAGACACCACCGUACCGCUGCACAGAUAUCACACGGCCUGUCACCGUGUUCCUGCAGCUCAAGAGAAAGAAGGGAGGCGACUGCAGCGAACCCAAGCAGUUCACAUAUAUUCCACACAAUCAAGACAAAGAAGAGGUUCAGAGGAAGAGGAUGAAGGCACUUCCUCAGCCUUAUGAUCACUGGCGGGGAGGACCUCAAGGAGGAGCAGGGGCCUUUGGAGGUCCUGGAUCUGGAACAGGUGGAGGAGGAAUGGGAGGAGGAUUUCAAUUUAAUCAUACAAUGGAUGGUUCAGGGUUUUUUGGUGGUGGUGGUGGAUUUGCUGGAGGUCCACAGAUGUCAGGCUCUACCCCACAGUCUGAUGGAUCUCAGAAUCAACCAACUAACAAACAAACUCAGUCUGGUUCUCCAGUGCAACAGCAGCUCAUUCAGAUUGCCGCAGCUCUGCAGAAUCGCGCCACUUUGACAGCCAAGUGCACUGCUCGUGCUUUGUUGCAGUACUGCAGUACAGGGGAUGUGCGUCCCCUGCUGGUUUUGCAGAGACAUCUGUGUGGAGUGCAAGAUGAGAACGGAGACACGCCUCUGCACUUGGCCAUUAUCCAUCAGCAACCCGCUGUCGUCCAACAGCUUAUUCAGGCCCUGAACAACACCCCACAGCAGAAGUUCAUCAACAAACUCAACCACCUCAGUCAGGCUCCAUUGCAUCUGGCCGUGAUCACAAAGCAGCCCAAGUUAGUGGAGAUGCUGAUGAGAACGGGGGCAGACCCGAGCCUGCUGGACCGAGAGGGCAGGACAGCGCUUCACUUGGCCGCCCACACCGGCGAUGAGGCUGUACUACGAGUGGUCCUGAGCCUGCUGGGAGAGCGCCAUGUCGAUUUAAUAAACUCUGCUGACUUCUCAGGUCAAUAUCCAGUCCAUCUCGCUGUAAAGAAAGAUGGAGAGCGCUGCCUUCAAUUGUUAGUGGAGAAAGGAGCAAUGAUUAACAUGCCAGAGCAGAAAAGUGGCUGUACACCUCUACAUCUGGCAGUGAGGGAGAACCUGUUAAAACUGGCCUGUAAUCUUAUUACUGAGCUAAAGGCUGAUGUGAAUAUAUGUACCUACGGGGGCAACAGUCCUCUUCACUUUGCUGCCAGUCAAGGCUCACCACCUCUCUGCUCCAUGCUGAUAGCUGCAGGUGCUGAUAAACGUAUGGAGAACGAUGAGCCUCUUUUCCUGAGUUUAUCUUCCUCUGAUGAAGAUGACGAGAGUGAGAAGAAUGAUUCCAAUAAUCAGCUUCCAGAUGACAUGGUUCAGCAAGUUCGAUUCAUGUCGAUAUCAUCAGAGAGGGGAGCAUUUAACCCACGCAAGAGACCUGCUGCGGGACACACGCCAUUUGACCUGGCUAAAUGUCAAAAGGUUAGAGAUCUAUUAGAUGGAAGGAAAGGCCCCAAGUCUAGUUCACUCGCCCCCAAGAGGACCAAAAUAAGCACUGACGAAGUGAACCAGGGUUUAGAAAGCGAGGUGCUUAUGAAACUGUGUGGUAUUCUUAUUGAAGACCAUGUGCCCUGGAGAGAGCUGGCGGAAAAACUGGGCAUGCUCACACUCACUCACCUGUUCCAGGAGAGUGCCUCGCCCUGCAAGAAGCUUCUCGAGAACUAUCAGUUGAGUGGUGGUCCUGUGGACGGCCUGGUGGAGGCGCUGCAGUCUAUGGGUGUGAGUAAAGGAGUGAGACUUCUGACAGCCAGCCAACCCAGAGAGGACAAACAGAGCUCGGAUUCUAAAGAGGACAGUGGCUUUGGGAGUCAGUCCAUUGGAGAACAGAUGGGAAAUCCUGCAGUGGGCAAUCACUGAUUAUCAGGAUCUAUUCAUUGAGGACAACUUGGCACUUUAUUUGACUUUUUUCAGGUGCAAACUGGUGGAACGUUCAUCUCAAUAAAGUGGAAAUACAGCACAUCACAGGAAGGAUUGAAAAGAAUCUUUCUGAGGUCAAAAGCCCUCACUGGUAUUACAUAACAGUGAGACAACAUGACAUAAAUCAGUUGAUCCUCUAAACUCUGAAGUUUUGAGUGAAACUGUAGUCUUAGUGCAGUGCUUGUAUCUAAACAACAAAUUGCCAUUUCCCCAGCACAGCUGUAACCUUGGAAUAUGUUUGCGGAAUGUUCUAUGGAUGUUUUAGUAUGCUCUCUUCUGAUAUGCAACCUUUGAAAAUUAAGCGACGUGAUCUAAAGUGAAUCACAUCUUUGCAUUUUCUUUAUGCAUCAUACUUUUUAUUUAAGUGUAUUUUUGGUUGCAGUUAUACGUUUGUUCAGAGGUGAGCUAAUAUGUUUGUGUUUUAAUAAAGUUAUUAUUUCAUAA